CCCUCUCCUCUGACCACGAUGCCGUGGCUCAUGAAGGCGGAGCCCGACUCAAGGGUGGUCAAAGGGAAAGAUGUGAAGUUCUCAGUCGAUGAUUUCGAGAAGAUUGGUACCUCACCUUGGGAUGGUGUAAGGAACCACGAGGCGAAGAGUAUAAUGAAAGAGAGGAUGAAGAAGGGCGACAAGGUGCUUUUCUACCAUUCAAACUGCAAGGAGCCUGGUGUCUUCGCCCUAGCUACCAUCGCCAGAGAAGGUUAUCCAGAUUACACUGCCUGGGACGCGUCCCAUCCCUAUUUCGACGCAAAGACGGACAAAGACAAGCCCAUCUGGUUCAUGGUCGACGUCAAAUUCGAGAAACGCUUAGAUCAUCCUCCAACUCUCGCUCUCGUCAAGCAAUUGGCAAGCUUGCCCUCUUUACCUGAGGAAGCAGGAUACAUUGGUCAAGAUGGGUUGAAGGCUAUCAAAGGCAUGGCGUUGGUGAAUCGGGGCAGACUGAGUGUUCAGCCCGUUACGGACGAAGCUUAUGAGGCAGUCGUGAAGCUUGGAACGAAAGGCGGAUGGGAGUCUCUGCUGCCUGCCAAAGGGUUGAAGAAGACGUCGACAAAGCAGGAGCCAGACGUGGGGAACGAGGCGCCAGCCGACGAGGCUCACACGGCUAUGAGCAAGAAGGCCAAAGUGUCAGAUAAAGCCUCAUCACAAGCCCGACGCAAAGCCAUCGAUGAAGGACCUAAAGAGGAGCAGCCGGAGACAUCUCGGAGAAGCAAAAGGAUAAAGAGGUAGCAUGAGGCCGCU